GUCCAAGACUUCCGGUUCACAUUCACCAGCCGAGCAUUCGAUAGUAGUGAAGAUGAUGCGCGCCCUUUCGUUAUUGAGUCUGCUCCUCUCGUGGUCAAGCAUCAUCUUUGCCCUGGAGUUGCACGGAUACGUACAAUGGAAUGACCUGUGUCCUAGCUACGAGGCACUUGCAUCUGCCAAAGUCCUUCUCGAUGCAGGCAAGAUGUCUGGACGCGUGACACGGAAUGGAAACUUUUCAAUACCAGAUGUCCCCCCAGGGACGUAUAUUCUCUCUGUACUAUCCCAUGAUUACUCGUUCGACCACGUUCGAAUAGAUGUCUCUCGUUCUGAACCUCAGCCAGAAGUCCGGCCGCACAUAUUUGGCACUCCUCUCCUCACAACGACCUCCUUUAGCCUUCCUUAUCCAAUUUUGCUGAUCCCCCGUCACAAGAACAGAUACUUCUCGCCUCGCGAAUCCUUUAAUCUCCUGGGGAUGUUCCAGAGCCCUAUGAUGAUGAUCAUGGUAUUGACUGGCGUAAUGAUGCUUGCCAUGCCCUACAUCAUGAAAAACAUGGACCCGGAGACACUCGACGGACUGAAAGGACAAGUAAAGGCUGCGAGUAAACAGAAUUCCAUCCAAAGUGGCGAUCCCGGAGGGCUAUCUGCUCUUCUUGCUGCCGAGGAAACUAAAGCAAGCACGCCUGUCGUAAAGUCCAAUACAGGCUCUUCAACGCUUCAACAACGGAAAGGUGGUAAAGGCAAUAAACGCCGAUGAUGUAGACUUCUCCAUUUCUCAUAGAAGGGACGAAUAGAUGUGGUUGAAAGUGGAUAUAGUGCUACAUGCGUGAAUCUACGUUGAGCGACCUGGUGACUUGGGCCGUGAGCUGGACAAAGAUGAUAGGACACCGUCGGCCUUUCCGAUUCCGGGAUAAUCGAAGACGCAACGGAGCGCAGUAUUUCUGUGGAGAAUAUAGAGCUAUAUAACCUUAAUAAUUGGAUUGAACAGUACCUCUGCUUGAAUCGAGCGACUAUUGCUUGAGGAUUCUGCAAGAAAGCAUGGGAUGACUCCAUGCUCAUGUGGUCGUCAGAAGUGGAAACAACUUCUAAAACAUACAUAUUGUCGUUCCUGCUGUAGUC